AAGCAGGUUUUAAUUUUUUUUUUCAGAGUCUUAGAACUGGUUUUCGUGAGGAUAAUCCAUUAUUGGUUGCAUCCAAAUUUCGUCUGGCGCCUGAGCAACUACUCAAAACAGUUGAAACAACUGUCAAAUCAACUCCAAAUUUUUGUUCAAAAUAUUGUCACUGAGAAGAAAUCCCAAUAUCGGGACCACAAAAACGAUCUAUUUUUCUCAGAGGCAAAAACAAGGAAAUGUUUCAUUGACCACUUAAUCCAAAUGUCUGAAGAUGAUAACUGGCACGAUCAAGAGCUUUUGGAAGAGGCCCAGACUAUGGUAGUUGCGGGAAGCGAGUCUUUAGGGUCCGUCAAAAGCUUUACUUUGAUUAUGUUAGGAAUGCACCCUUUGAUACAGGACAAAGUUUACGAGGAAAUCUACGAUAUUUUCGGUAAUAGUGACAGAACCGUCACUGCUGAUGACUUGACAGAAAUGACAUAUUUGGAAAUGGUCAUCAAAGAAACCUUACGGUUAUUUCCAGUGACGCCGGUGGUGGGGAGACGUGUCAACCAGAAUAUAGUAACUGACAGAUACACACUACCCGAAGGUAGCGAAUGUAUAAUCAGCAUUCUGUACCUACAUAGACACCCCAAAAUUUGGACCAAACCUCUCGAAUUCAACCCUAAUAGGUUCCUCCCCGAAGAGGUGUCCAAACGCCACCCUUACUCCUACUUACCUUUCAGUGGUGGCCCCAGAAACUGCAUCGGCUUCAAAUACGCCAUGAUGGCCAUAAAAACCGUAAUUUCGACGAUAAUCCUCCGCUACAGGAUUUCAACCGACUUCAAGUCUGUCUCCGAAAUCGAAUUCUCACCUGGAGUGGUCUCGAAAGCGAAAAAGGGCUAUUUGAUAAAACUGAAAUCCAGGUGUUAAUAUUUUAAUGUACAUAGAUUAUAAAUAAAAUUAAUACAAAUUCUA